UCCAGCCAUGUCCUAUUAGCGGCUAUGCUAUGAGAAAUGAUAAACGUAUAAUUGAUAGAUGCAAAAAAACAUCUAUCAGGGGUAAUAAAGUCUUUUCGCAUAUUAAAGUCAGGGGUACUAAUGUCCUUUCGCACAUUAACUGAUUUGUAACGUUAUCUUAGUGGAAUGACCCAUUCCCAUCUAUUCCAAAAAGAACUCCUCCUAAAAGGUAAUAAUUAGACAGCUCAUUUGGUAGAAGAAGAACUUGAAAAUUGGGAGGAGAAACUCAAGAAUUGGCGGUGGAGAGGAAGAAGAAAAUUGGGAGGAGAAACUGAAGGCAAGAAAUCUUCCGACGAACAAGAAGAAUUGAAUAAAGUCUUAUCAAAAAAAGAACCCACAUAGAAGCAAAAAAUUACUCCACAGCAGAAGAGAAAUUUCAACAGCAACUUGAUUUAGGAAAUGGGUGAAGGUGAUGAAGGUGGUUAUGGUAAGAAGAGGAAGGGCCAUCGUAAGGGUAAGGUCAAUGAGGAGGAAGAGGGCAGUGAAUCAUGGCAUGAUGAAGAAGAGGACGAGGAUGAGGAAGUGAAUGGACUAUGGUGCAAGAGCGGCAAAGGGGGUAGGCUUCCUGAUGAAGUAUACAGGGUUAAUAAAUUAAGUGUUGGUGGAAGGUUGAAGGAGAGUGGGGAAGUGAUUGCUAGUCGGGUGCUACUUAACAAUAAAAGGGAAGUGAAUUUCAAUUGCCGAGUCGAGACAUUUGGUCAAAUCGUAAAGCAAUUUGAUGAGAGGAAAAAGCGUUUGGUGGCUGAAAUGGGGUUUGCUGGAUUAUUGCACUUUGUGGAUAAGGGUUUGCCGAGGAAUUUAUGUUAUUGGUUGUGCACAAUGGUAGAUGUGAAGAGGAGGGUAUUGGUGUUGAAAGAUGGGUUGGAAUUCCCUCUAUCGAAGAUACAAGUCCACUGGGUACUUGGUAUCCCUAUUGGUCCGAGGCAUGUACCAAAAGUUUGUGAGGACGAUGCGAUGGAGAAUGAAGUUGCUAGACUGUGUGAAUCAUUUGUUACGCGAUGCCCGUCUGGACAUAGGGGAGUUUCACGGAAGACAAUUUUGGAAGUUAUUGAGGGGCCUUUGGAAGAUGACUCAGAAUUCAAGAAGGCAUUUAUGAUGAUGGCGGUGAAUGAUGUGAUCGAUGGCCCCGACAAGUUGUCAUCGAAUGUCUCUGAAGAUGCUCCCAGUUGUGAGUGUUGCAGAGAGGGCAAAAAAAUAUGAUUGGUGUAGUUUUGUGUUGGACCAUCUUAUAAAAUCUGUUGGUAAUUUUGCGAAAAGGUUUUACACUGAAGGAUAUGCGAAAUGCUGUGGUGGUUGCACUAUAUUUCUGGCGGUGUUAUACCUUGAUCGGUUGAGGAGGAACCCUGUAUCGUGGGGAGUUUUUCCACGAAUGAAAGCGUGGACGAAGGAGGAUAUAAACCUUGCAAAGAAAGAAGAUAGGAAAGCAUCAGGUGAUUAUGGUGGCCUCGG